CCUGCUGUCUCUGCAGUGGCUUUUCUUGCAUUUUUGUUACUUAUUCUUCUUUGUGUUUGCUGGGCCAGAAAUUACUGUUGCUGGGCUAAUAAUGAUGAUUCUUAUUUCAUUACUACUAUGAUUAUUCGAGAGUGUCAUGGUGAUAUGCAGCGAGGAAACAAUAAUUCUUCUGCAUACAACUUUGACUACUAUGAAGACACUGUCCAAAUCAUGCAACAGCCUCAGCCUACCUCUCAAGCUAUGCCUAUAUAUGAGAUGCCCGUGGAACAACCUUUUGAUACCAGAUACCAAUCACAUGCAGAAAGUAAUGUGGAAACGUCACUGAUGCAUAAGCCGUCGAAACGUCAAAGACAACGUGGUCGUACAUCAUCGAAUGUCUUCUCGGAAGUUGAGGUCCCUAAGGGCAGGAGAUUGAGGAGGGUGGUGAAGAUGAUGCCCUUCAAGAAGUGA